UAUAAGAAAUAAUAUCGAUACAAAAUUCAUCAUAAAUUCAUAAUUUAAAUUCAAUUUGCAAUGCAUAAAUAAAAUAUAAUCAAACUUAUUCAUCCAAUUAGCAAGUACUAGAUAUCAAAUAUAAGAACCACAAGAUCCUAAUCAUUCACAAAUAUCAAAGAGAAAAAGAUCAAUAGGGUAUGACAUUUGCUCUGACGAAUGCAAAGGGGAGUUAGAGAGAGGUGACUUUCAGGUUCUGACUCUUAAACACAUGUGAGACUCUUGGUGGAGGGUUGUUUGCAAUAGGUGGGGAUCAGGAUGUUUGGAAGUGAACUUUAGUUGCUUUGAAUCUUGGAACUUUUAUAUUAGCUAAAUGUCCAAAACUAUGUGGUUAUACAAGUAGGCGGUUAUCGAUUUUCUUAUCGGUUAACCACUAACCGAUUGAUCGGUUAGCGAUUAACCAAUAAGUAAAAUACCACUAACCUAAAUCGAAUCAAUAAAAAAUUAUCGGUUAUUAGUUAACCAAUAACCAUCCUUAUCUGUUCGGUUAUCGGUUAAAAGCCAUAACUGACUAACCGUUUAGCAGCCCUACCAUAAAUGUGGGUAAUAGCCAUGCAAAAAUUCCUUAGGCACUCCAAUAUGGUGUUCUCACCCAUCUGACAAGUCUCAUCAAAGAGUAUGUCGAGCAUCCAUAUGCAGGCAUGUGGAAAGCACUAAGAAUGAGUCGCAACCUUAACAAUCUUUUUCUUGCUUGAAGUAGUUAACAUAGUGAAAAACAUCAUUCAUGAACUAGUUAACUAAAGCAUAGGGUAUCCGAUAUCGCCUUGUGGAGGCCCUAGAAUCGUUGGUUUAAAUAAUCUUGCAUCAAGCGAUUGUGACCGUCUUCCUUAUUACGCCUCACUGAUUUUUGUGAUGACGAACUAUGACAAGAUAACGUUGCUUGAUGUUGGUGCCUAAAUUGUUUCGUACGUCAUUAACAUCUCUGGUUCAUUGAUGUAUUCGACCGAUCCAAAUGUUGAGUCGGUCUGAUAUUUUUUAAAAUAUUCAUAAAAUUAUGAAAUUGAAAACCGUACCACAAUAUUAACUUCGAUUUAGACCAUUCCAAAUAUCCGUGGGAUCCUAUUAGAUCUAGUGCGGAACAAAAUGUUGCACUCUAAAAAAGGAAACUCUUUCCUUAAAAUCUGUUGGAGGGGUGAAGAAAAUUUCCAGUGUUUUUUAAAGAGAAAAGCGGAGGUGGAAUAACAUGAUUUUCAUAUUUUACCUUUUGAUUUCCCUUGAUUUCCUCACUCAAAAAAUUGACUCAGUAGUUACAAGACAGAAAUACCUACAAAAAUUCCUCUUUUUUUAGUUUAUUUAUUUAAUUUUGUAUUUAAAUAUACUAAAACACACCAUUCUCAGCCUUGGAUUAGAAAAUAAUGGAUCUAAAAGUGAGCAAAAAUUAGCAAAUUAAAAAAUCAAGAAAUUAAAAUUAUUAAUUAUAUUCAUAAAAAAAUUAAAAUUAUGUUGGUUUGUUCAAAACAUUGAACUACAAGAUGAAGAAAAUUAUAUGACUUUUUCACGUAACAGAACUUCCAGUUAAAGUGAUCAACACUAAUUAAGAAGAAUUUAAGGAUUCUACUUAAUCAUUAUUCACCUUUUGCUGUCCAUUAAGACGAAUUUUCCUUCUUGUAAAACCUCAUCGUCCUUUUUUGGGAAAUUAUGCUACAAUGGAUGAGACUUGUACAAUAAACUAUUGACAACACUUAGAGUAAGUUAGUACUCAAUUGACCAUCUACAAUUUGAAUAGAUAAAUAGUACAAUCAACACUAUUUAAGUUAGUGUUCAUACAUUGUACAUUCUCGAUUUUACAUAAUAAUAAUUUUGAUCUUCCGAAUUAGCUUGAAAUGAUCUCCAUUUUCAAUUGUAUAACAAUAAAUAAGAAAAUGUGUAAAAUUACACAAUAAUUAUUACUUACAUUUUAAAAUACUUGAAACUUGAUGUGGACAAUUUAUGAGAAAAAAUGCAUGAAUUAGUUGAGAUUGUGUGUUGUAUCAUCAUUAUAAACGAAUGUUAUAAUCGAAGUUUAAAAUUUGAUGAUCAGAGUAUUGAUUUAGACUACGAUGAAUCAAUCGUAUAUAACUCAAAUUAAGGUUGAACUCGAGAGUUGAGAUGCUUCUUUUAAAUUAUGCCUUGAAUCUGAAUGGAAUUUCAAUUCAUAGAUAAUUACAUCGUUAUUUUUCAGGUUUAGUCCCUUUCUCAAUGUUGUCUUGACAAGCACAUGAGCGUAUCACGAUUCUUAACAAACAAGUCCAAAUACUAUGUUGCUUACCCUAUCCGAGUCUCCACCUUUAAGAUUUUUGUCGCAAAAUCAUUGUUCAGCAGGCAAACUCAUGCUCACUAAGCACAUCAUCCUUAAUUACUCUCAUGUCACAUAUACUCAGAAAUCCAUCUUUUGCUCCCUAAAUUAGUCCCUACUUCGUUGAAACCCUAUGUAUCAUAAACAUGAGAGGAGAAGUGAGAUAUGGUUGUCGCAUUGACGAGCAAAACAUACAUACUACAUUCGGUUAACUCAACUUGCAAUCGUAUUUGGAUGAAUGUGUUAACCGGGAAAAAAAUAUAAAGGAAUAUAUAUAAAAAAACACUAGGAGACCAUAAUUUGAAAUUGGUGGAAAUUGGUUUGGUUUUGUUUUGGCGUUUUGAGAUUUUCCUACUUAACUAGAGUGAGGCAAACCCAACCAGCGUUGGUCUGGUUUCAUGGGCGCAGGCAGACUGCAGAGCGUGAGCAGCGGGUAGGAAUAAAAAAGCCUGCAAACCAUAGCAGCAAAAACCCAGUCCUCGUCCCCUUUCCCUUCCUUUCUCUCCCUCCUUCUUCUCCAACAUAACCGUCUCCUCCAAACAAACAAACAAAAAAGCUCAUUACUCAUUCGAAAAAAGCCUUUCCUUUCUCUUCCUUUUUUUCCCCCUGAUUCCCCCCCCUACAUUCUCACUCUCUUCCUUCCUUCCACCCAAAAAUGGCUACCACCACUUCCAUCGACGAUCCUUUCACCUCCUCCUCCAUUGUUGGAUCUCGCCUCCUUCCUUUGAUCGAUCUCUGAUGUGGGUUUUGGGUUUUUGAGCAGAAACUGACAAGAAACAUUUUUUUUCUUCUUCUUCUUUCUUUUACGUAAUUCGAAUAGGCAGGGGGAUCGGUUUUUGUUUUUUGUUCCUUUUGUCCUUCGUCUGUUGUUGUAUCUGUCCCCCGUCUCAGUGUCAGAGUGAGCCUCCCUGAAGAAAAAAAAAAGGAAAAAACGAAAUUCUGAAGAACGAUACGUUCCUCCAUUGUAGACGUGUGUGUGCCUCUGUAUUUCUGUGUGUUUGUUGAUCGGGAAAGAGAAAUAGAGAAAAUCCUCUUUCUGGGUUUUACUGUUCUUUUGGUUUUUGUUUUUGGGUCGACGUUUGUAGUGGUGAUUGUGUAAUCACACAGCAAUGAUGUUGAAACUGGGCGAGAGAAGAGCUGUGGGAGGAGAGAGGAAGGUUUCCGUCGACAGCUCCACCAGUAGCAGCAGCAGCGGCAGGUUGGCGACGACGAUGAUGAAAAGAGGCGGUGGCGGCGGUGGCGAGGCAGAGCUCUCGAAUCAUCAUCAACUCCCCUCCGCGACGUCAUAUUUGAGCCUCCACCAUCAGAACCACCAGCGUCAUCAGAAUCGGAAUCAGAGUCAGAAUCUUCACCACCACCACCAGAGCAGAGUUCCCCCUUCUCCACUGCGAUCCUCACCGGAGUACUCCCCUUCCUCCGCCUCCUUCUCCACCCGUUCCUGCUCUUCCGACGACGGGUCGUCGCCGUAUCUGCAUCACCACUCCUCCGCCGGGCAUUACCUCGACGGCCUCUCUCUGGAUCAUCAUAAUAAAUUCCCCUGUAACGAAUCCCACCCUGAAAUCAAUGCCAACAAGAUGGUGGAUGAACUGGGCUUGUCUCAAAAAUUCUAUAAAUUGAACAUGAGGGACCAACAGCCUGGACUACCUACCGCUACCAAAUUGAAAGGCGGAUUCGAGAUUGACACCGACCCGAACGGGUUCGGGUCUCGAGAUGGGUUUAAUCUCGGUGGAAACGCUGGACCCUAUAACACGGACAACUAUGGGGUACUGUAUGGAGGUUUCAACAAUGGCGGCGGUUCUAGCUUUGAACCAUCGUCCCCUGGCGGAGGAGUCUCUUUCAGUUUCGACGGUACUGGUAACAAGUAUGCGUUCGCUGAUUUCAAUGGCGGGUACCCGAGUGGAGUUUACGAUUCCAUGGGUUCACUCGUCGCUCGAAAUCAGUUCAGUGAUCUCAUCCAGGGUGGUUAUACUGAUGGCGAUUGGAGUAACCGGGAGAUUCCGCUUCCGCCGCCGACCAACCCAUCUCCGACGAGGCUCGGCGACGCCAUUGCUUGGUCGAAGCAGCAUGCCAUGAAUCCCAAUGGUUACUACAGCAGUCUCAGCAGCAAGGUCCCUGAGUUGGUACAGUCCAAGAUGGACGCCUGCAGAAAACGUUUGAUGUUGACAGAAUGGGCGAGAGCCAUGGCCAACAAUGGCGGUCGUCAACCCUUCACUAUGGGUUCGGCGGCAGAUGUCGAUGCUUUUGGCAGUGACGACCGUGGUUUGAUCGUUCAAGGGAAAAGUUUCAAUCAAUCCAGAAACUACACCAACAAGGCACGUGGUGAUUCGAGGAGAAGCAGCAGGAAGAGCUCCAUCACAGCUACAGAGAACCUCUGUUCCUUUCAUGGGGGAGCUGGGGUAUACGAAAAUGGUCAUCAGAGGCCAAGUGACUACAGCCUGCUUCCACCACUGUCGAGCUUUCCGGGCGGUGAUUCACCUUUUUGUCAGGUUCAGGGCCAUGUUUACUUGAUGGCUAAGGAUCAGAAUGGCUGCCGUUUUCUGCAGAGGAUUUUUGAUGAGGGAACUAGUAGGGAUGUGGUUAUGAUUUUCGAUGAGAUCGUCGACCAUGUUGUGGAGCUGUCACUGAAUCAGUUUGGCAAUUAUGUGAUUCAGAAGAUGUUGGAUGUUUGUGAUGAAGAGCAGAGGUUGCAGAUUGUGUUUGUGCUGACCAAAGAACCAGGGCAGCUUGUUAAGAUUAGCUUGAACACUUACGGGACGCGUGUUGUACAAAAGCUAGUUGAGACUCUCAACACAAGGCAUCAAAUUUCAUUGGUGGUGUUGGCCUUGAAAUCUGGUCUACGUGAUGUAGUUGAGGAUCAGAACGGGAAUCAUGUUGUGCAGAGUUGUUUGAAGUACCUAAGCAAUGACGAUAACAAGUUCAUCUUCGAUGCUGCUUCCAAGUUCUGUGUUGAGAUUGGAACCCACCAGCAUGGUUGCUGUGUGAUGCAAAAAUGCAUUGAUCACUUCAAGGGGAAAUAUCUGGAUAAGUUGGUCAGUGAGAUCUCGAAGCAUGCUCUUCUCCUCUCUCAAGAUCCAUUUGGAAACUAUGUGGUUCAACAUGUGAUAGAGCAAGAGAAGCCAACGAUCACGGCGAAACUGCUGCCCCAGUUCGAAGGCCACUUUGUGCAACUCUCGAUGCAGAAAUGCAGCAGCAAUGUGGUGGAAAGGUGCCUCAAGCACUCGGAAGAAAGCAGGCCGAAGAUCAUCCACGAGCUGCUCUCUGUGUCUCACUUUGAUCAGCUGCUGCAAGAUCCAUUUGCCAACUAUGUCAUUCAAACCGCUCUCAUCUUCACCAAGGGCCCCCUCCAUUCUCUGCUGGUGGAUGCAAUUCGACCGCAUUCAAGGCUGCGCACGAGCCCGUAUUGCAAGAGGAUCUUCACCAGAAACAUGCUGAAGAAAUGAUUGCUCGACGCCGCCGCAGGGGUUCUGCAAAAGCCUUUUCCUUUUUUGCUCUUCUACUAAUAAAAUGCUACUGUUUGU